AUGCUGCAGUCGUCCGAGGCGACCAUAGAUGUGGCAAAUUGCGAUGCACUGGUCCGCCUCUUCGACGAGUACGCGAGGGCGGUGACGGGCGCAUCAGCCCUGGCCGACAUUGCAGCAGGCGAGGUCGUGGCAUACGACCGGUUAGAAGCACACCUUACUCUGUUGAGCCAACAAUUGGCCCGCGAUGCGCCCAGUCGACAACUUUUCGCAACGUCCGGGUCCCUCUCAUCUCUACUGCGCUGUCUCAGCUCGUUCUUUGACGUACAUGAGCGAUGCCAAAAUGCACGACCGCCUUCAGACGACCUCGAACAGCAAAGCACAGGAAAGACGGCCGACGCAAACGAGCAACAUCGAGAUCCAUACAGACGCACCUGCCAGAUCGCUACACUAUGCAUGAGGAUCCUGCGUAAUGCCACGGCAGCAUGUUCGGACGCGCAAGAGCUGUUGUGUCAACACUUCGACCUCGUUUCGCCCUUCCUCGACAACAUCACCCGCUUCCAUACGCUGAACGACCCGGAUGCGACGCUUCUCGCUCGAUCAGCAGCCCAGAUGCUCUCCAACCUCGUCACCGCAAACCAGGGUGUUCAGCAUCAAAUUUGGCCACGCAUAGUCGUUCCUGACGGCAAGCAGGAUGCACUGGUCCUCAAGCUCCUUUCCUCUCCCGAUACAGGCACGCAAAGUGCCGCGCAGAUCCUGCUCAUCAACUUCCUGCGAACGCCAGCCUGGACAGAGGAUGCUAACGAACGCUGUCGCGACUUCUGUACAUCUGCAUCCGGUCUACGACUCAUUCAAUCGCUGCUCAGUACCUCGGAGAGCAUCAUGAUUCGCACAGCGUCAGCAUCGCAAGACGAGGCGAGUGCGGAGUACGAGCCCGAGUCGGAGAUUCCGGGUCUGGAAGAGUCGCUCGGCUUCAUCUACACCAUCUUUGCCAUCCUGUUCGAACGAGGCCAUGCAUCAAAGCUCUUAUCCGCACUCGAGCCCAUUGAAGAAAUCUCGUCAUCGUCUAUUGCAUCGCACUCUGAUCUGCCCAUCAUCUCCAGCGCGCAGCUCACUCUGCUCAAGUUGCUCGACAGCUGGCUUCACCUCCAGCAGAAACAAGUCGCCGAGGGACAGACGAACUCGGAGGACCAAUUGAGCGGGGCUGGCCUCGUAGGACUGGUCGACGUCUUCUUGGAUUUGUCCAGGUUUGCUCGCAGUGCCAUGGCUGGAGGGAUCGCCAAAGACGGCCAAUCAGCGGAUCAACAGCCACAAGACAGGCGGCUCAUUGGUGUCCACCAUGGGCUGCUGUUGCUCCUACAGUGCUUGCUCUCGAUGAGCAUGACGGCGGACGGAUGGAGCGACGAGCGUCGACCCAGCGACCAUAUCUUUUGGCAGCGACCGCACAGCUUCGCCACUCUCUCGCGGGCGCUCUUGUCCGACUUGCGGGAGGAUGAAUAUUUCGUAGACGAGCUGGUCGCUCUUCUUGAUCAGACGCACCAGUACGCUCCAGCACUGUCGCCAUUCCGUCCCGCCGACGCCUCACCGCAAGGUCCAACCGAGUCGAGCCACGCCAACACGCCGCUACCUGAGGGCCAUGCGCUGUCUUCCACCGGCAAAGCUGCUCACGAGGGGAAAGAAACGCAACCCAGCUAUGGCUUUGACCACCUCAAGCGCGACAUUGUACGCGUUCUCGGCUCGCUGGUGUAUGCGCCGACACAGGGCGUCGGCACCACCUCAGUGCCGUCAAGCGCAGAGAAUGUAUCGUCGAAUGACGGUGCUUCUGAGACAAGUCAUCUUGCGUUCACCAGGAAGCAGAUCCGCCAGGUGCAAGACCGGAUACGAGAGCGCGGCGGCCUCUUCCACGUUCUCAACAUGACGGUGCUCGACGAGCGAAAUCCAUACAUGCGAGAGCACGCCAUCUUUGCGCUGCGAUACCUGCUGGCGGGCAAUACGGAAUCUCAACAGCUCGUCAGCUCGCUACAGCCGUCGCAGCCAGACGCUGGCAGAGGUGGGAUGCAGAUGCCAAUGGCGUAG